CCGACCGAGGAGCAUGCUGCACCGGCGUCGAUACCAAGUGGGCUUUGGUGGUGGCGUUUUGGCGCGGCGGCUGCACGCGGCCUGAAGAGCUGCAAGGGUAGGCGCGCGCCUUCGCGACGAGAGUGCGUGCGCGAAAAUGGUGCAGUGCCGGCGCCGCGAGUUGUUCAUGUUGUUGUUGUUGUUGUCACAUGAAAUAAGAAGGUGGUGAGUGGCGAGAGAGCGCAAGAUGGACCGGCAGCAGCCUCCGCAGGUGCCGCCGCGCCACCUCUACUCCAGCCCCACCCAGCCGAAUUUGGGCGAGCCGGAGGAGGUCGCGGUCGUGUCGCCAGACCGCAGCUCCGUGUCCGGCUUCCCCUCGGACAGGACGCCCGUGUCCAGCAGCAGGGGCUCCACCAAACUGACCAAGCAGCAGGUCAAGCCCUUCACCAGGGAGUCGCUCGAGCGGCUCGAGAGCAAGACGGUGCAGUUGGUGCGCGAGUACGGAUUCCAGCCGCGCCGCAAGGUCAGCGUCGAGGACGGUUCGGUGCUGCCCUACAAGUUUGAACCCUUCCCCAGCAACCUCUACGGCAGACCCCUCGAAGAAAUUGACAACUUUAUCUACGAUGAGGAGCCCCAAAAUGAAAGCAAUAACAUUCAGACUGAUUCGGAAAGAGGAAAAGACUCUCGUGAGUUUAAAGUACCUCGCAAAUUACAAAGUACUUUCUGCGUGGUGUCGAAACGCUUUCGGAAGAACUACAUCCAUCGCUUCACCGCCACCAACUCCUUUUUUAUAUUUUCACCGUGGAACAGUUGGAGGCGAGCUUGUGUUUUUGUAUCGACGAACCAGUAUUUUGAUUACAUUGUGAUGGCCACUAUACUGCUCAACUGCGUCUUCCUCGCCCUGGAAGAACAAAUAGAGGAGGCAGAGUACUUCUUCUUGGUGAUAUACAGUUUAGAAAUGGUUAUUAAAUCGGUGGCAAAAGGCUUCAUUCUAAACAAAUACACCUACCUUCGAAAUCCGUGGAACUGGUUGGACUUUGUUGUUAUUGCGUCGGGGUACGCGACCACCGUUAAACUGAGUGAAAAUUUGGCUGGUCUGCGUACCUUUCGUGUGCUUCGUGCCCUCAAGACAGUGUCAAUUAUGCCCGGUUUGAAGACUAUCAUUAACGCACUGCUGCAUUCCUUCCGCCAACUAGCAGAGGUCAUGACCCUGACCAUUUUCUGUCUGAUGGUGUUUGCGUUGUUUGCACUUCAAGUGUACAUGGGAGAGUUGCGCAACAAAUGUAUCGAGACAAUGCCCGACGGUUUGUCAAACAAUUCAAUUCUUGACUUCAGCAAUUUCACAAGAUCAGAGUGGAUACAGUGGAGAGACCAGGAGUGGUUCAACUGGCACAACAACAGUGAGAACUGGUAUUUGGACGAGGACAGGAAGCCAGUGUUGUGCGGAAACGUAACAGGGGCAAGGCACUGCGAAAAGAACUACGUUUGUGUCCAGUUCGGCGAAAACCCAAACUACGGCUACACCAGCUUCGACAAUUUUUUAUGGUCCAUGCUGACGACGUUUCAACUCAUCACACUCGAUUACUGGGAAGACGUCUACAACAAGGUCUUAGCAACAUGUGGCCCGAUCAGUGUGACAUUCUUCACUGUCGUCGUCUUUUUUGGCUCGUUCUACUUGAUCAACCUGAUGCUGGCCGUCGUUGCGUUGAGCUACGAGGAGGAAGCGGAAAUUACUCAAGAGGAAAGACGAAAAGAACUGCCCGACCACCGCGACGACUCAACGUUCAGCUUCGACCCAUCUAACUUGGACGUGAAAACGCUGGAGAAAGACACGGAAAAGCGAAAAAUUGACGCGCGCAAGGGUAUCCUGUUGGCGUCGUACACGAAGAAAAAGACUCGGAAACGCAAGAAGAAUAACAAGAAGAAGGAUGAGAAGAACAACGACUCGUCCAAGUGCAACAGUCCCAAGGAGAGUUUUCGCGACGGCGACGCGGCCGAGGUUUGCAGCACCCCGCAGCGGCCGACGGCGCUGGAAAUUCCCAGCCCACACGUCCCUUCGCGGCAACCCUCGCCGCACCGGCAGCAGCAGCCGUCGCCGCUGCCGCAUUCCGCCAACUCCGAGGCCAGGGUCACUGAGCACCUCCAUCCGAACGCAGUCGCCACGUACGGGGCGGUGCUCAAAGAAUUGCGAACGGUGCUGCCCGCCAAAACCGCCUCCGCCGCUCCGCAGCUUCAGCAGCAGCCGGCAGGAAAUGAGCUGUCAGUGUGCUCGAGAGCUCGCCUCAAAAAGCCCGGAAGCAACAGUGACAGCAAUAACCCCGAGUCCUCUCUUGAUGAUUCAGGGGUGGUCGACGACCACGAAGGGGGCGACAUCACCUCCGAGGAAGCUCCCGCCCAGCUGGCCGUCAGACACCUGAGACAGCCCGCCUACACCACCAUCGUCAGGGGCGGCACCGGCGCGACCGAGACGGUCAUUUGCAACGGGGUCAGUCCGGCGCAACUUGAGGAGGGCAUCUACAGAUGUGGCAAGCCCGACAUGGUCAUUCACGACAAGCUGCAGGAUAGGAAUUGCACCAAGUGCGAGCAGUGCUGUUUAAACUACCACGGCUGGCUUAGGUUUCAAAACUGCCUCUACAACAUCGUGCACGACCCGUUGUUUGACCUCCUAAUUACUUUAUGCAUUGUGCUCAACACCCUGUUCCUGGCCCUCGAGCACCACGGCAUGAGCGAGUCCGUCAAAGCGGCCCUCAACAUAGGCAACAAGGUUUUCACAUCAAUAUUCACACUGGAGUGCAUUCUGAAGAUCACGGCGAUGAGCAAGGACUACUUCAGCUGCGGAUGGAACAUUUUCGACCUGAUCGUCGUGUCGGCCAGCAUGCUUGACCUGGCCUUCGAGCUGAUCGACAGCAUUUCGGUGCUCAGAGGCCUCCGCCUGUUGCGAGUUCUCAAGCUGGCGCAAUCGUGGACGACGAUGAAAGUUUUGCUUUCGAUCAUCAUCUCGACGCUGGGCGCGCUCGGAAACCUGACCUUCGUGCUGGUCAUCGUCAUCUACAUUUUUGCCGUCAUCGGAAUGCAACUUUUCUCCAAAACGUACCCGAUGGCGUUCGAAGAUGAUAUUCCAAGAUGGAACUUUAAAGACUUUUUCCACUCAUUCAUGAUGAUUUUUCGCAUCCUUUGCGGCGAGUGGAUCGAGCCCCUGUGGGACUGCAUGCGUGCUAAAGAAAAACUAAAAGAGGACACAACUCCCUGUUUCUUGAUCUUCCUACCCGCGCUCGUCAUGGGGAACUUCAUGGUGCUCAACCUCUUCUUGGCCUUGUUGCUCAACAGCUUCAACUCGGAGGAGUUGAAAAACAAAAAAGAGGAGGAAUUCGAGGAGUACCUCAGACGCUUGAAGCAGCACAGGCGAAAUUUCAGGAGGUUCUGGAGAGAAUUGCGACUUUUGUUGAAGAAUCGGAAGCGACAGGAAGUGGGCGACGACUCGAAGUUGGCGCGGAGUGUCGAGCGCAUCAAGUCAAUUUUCCAGAAGCGCACCCGCAGCAAGGACCUGCAGUGCGGGAUCACAAUGGCCGUGACGGCCGCCUCGCCGGCCUGCGUGCCGGUCGAGUAUCUGGUCGACGAGGACGAGAGGCCCGAGGAAGGCGCCGUCGGCGGCCAGAUGCUUGAGCAACAGGUCAAGUUUAAAUACGAGCCGCUCUGCCAGCAGGACAGCAAAGCGACGGAUUCAAACACGGAGGAAGGGAUCGAGUUGGACGAAAUCAAAAGCACCAAGAGCAUCGUCCGGCACCAAGAGUCGGCGGCCGACGCGUCGGGAACGGAGGAUGAGACCAAAUCUUUAGACGAGAAAAGUGAGACUCUCUGUCAACCACACACGUUGCCUGGAAAACCAAAAUGGAAUCGGGUAGUUUCUUACGUCGAUGAAAUUACAGUUGGCGGACGCAGAAACUCGAAAGGUCAAUUCAUCGAUGGCCUGGGAGAAUUCCCGGGCAUCGGUCACAAGAAGCCUGAAAAGAUCCCGCAGUCCUGCUUUCCAACCAACUGGUACGAAAGGUCACCGUGCUGCAACACGCUGCACGAGAAGCCCGUCGGAAGGUGGUUUUUCUCCGUCCGCAAGGCCGUGCUCGAUGUGGUGGACACGCCCGCCUUCGAGUGGGUCGUCCUCGUCAUGAUCUUCGCCUCCAGCGUCACCCUCUGCUUCGAAGACAUCCACCUGGACAAGAACCCCCUGCUGAAGACCAUCCUCUACUGGACCAACCUCACUUUCUGCGUUCUUUUCAUCAUCGAGAUGUUGCUCAAGUGGAUCGCCCUCGGCUUCUGGCGAUACUUCACCAGCUUCUGGACAGUGCUUGACUUCAUCAUUGUCUUUGUGUCAGUCUUCAGUAUAGCAAUUGAAGAUAAUGAAAAUUUGAAGGUUUUGCGGUCUCUUCGGACACUCAGGGCGCUGCGACCUUUAAGGGCGAUUUCACGAUGGCAGGGAAUGAGAAUUGUGGUUAACGCUUUGAUGUACGCAAUACCGUCCAUCUUCAACGUACUUCUGGUGUGUCUUGUCUUCUGGCUCAUUUUCUCCAUCAUGGGUGUGCAGUUUUUCGGUGGAAAAUUCUACAAAUGCGUAGACGCAAACAACACCAAACUCGACAUCUCGAUUGUCAACCACAGAAACGACUGUGAAAUUAACAAUUAUACGUGGAUAAACUCAAAGAUCAACUUUGACAACGUGGGCCAAGGUUAUCUGGCGCUUUUCCAAGUGGCAACUUUUGAGGGUUGGAUGGAGGUGAUGGCGGAUGCGACGGACGCCCGAGAAAUAGACUUUCAGCCGGAAAAGGAGGCCAACAUUUACGCCUACUUGUACUUUGUCAUCUUCAUUGUCUGCGGCUCGUUCUUCACGCUCAACCUCUUCAUCGGAGUGAUCAUCGACAACUUCAACAUGCUGAAGAAAAAGUACGAAGGCGGGGUGCUGGAGAUGUUCUUGACGGAGAGUCAGAAGCACUAUUACACGGCGAUGAAGAAGCUGGGCAGGAAAAAGCCACAGAAAGUGAUAAAGAGGCCCAGGAACCAGUUCUUGGCCCUAUUUUACGACCUCUCCAACUCGAGACGAUUCGAAAUUGCAAUUUUCGUGUUGAUAUUUUUAAACAUGCUGUCGAUGGGCAUUGAGCACUACAAUCAGUCCGCGCCGGUGCGAUUUGUUCUUGAGGUCAGCAACGCCUUCUUCACCACAGUUUUUGGCCUGGAGGCCAUUGUGAAAAUAAUUGGUCUGCGAUAUCAUUACUUCACGGUGCCAUGGAAUUUGUUUGAUUUUAUUCUGGUGAUGGCCUCGAUUCUUGGCAUCGUCAUGGAAGAUAUGAUGGUGGAUCUGCCCGUGUCGCCCACGCUCCUUAGAGUAGUCAGAGUCUUCCGUAUUGGUCGAAUCCUUCGGCUUAUUAAGGCUGCCAAGGGCAUUCGCAAAUUGCUGUUUGCCCUGAUCGUUUCUCUUCCGGCCCUGUUCAAUAUUGGAGCGCUGUUGGCGCUGAUUACCUUCAUUUACGCCAUAAUCGGCAUGUCUCUAUUUGGGCAUGUCAGACAGCAAGGCGCACUCGAUGACAUGGUCAACUUCACCACUUUUGGCCGCAGCAUGCAAUUGCUGUUCCGGCUGAUGACUUCCGCUGGUUGGAAUGACGUUCUAGACUCGCUGAUGGUUGAGCCGCCCGAGUGUGACCCCAAGAAAGACCAGCUUCCGAACGGAGACUGUGGCCAACCCUUCCUAGCUAUCACUUACUUUGUCAGCUUCAUCAUCAUUAAUUACAUGAUUGUGAUCAAUAUGUACAUUGCCAUUAUUUUGGAGAACUUCAAUCAAGCGCAUCAAGAAGAGGAAAUCGGGAUCGUGGAGGACGACCUCGAGAUGUUUUACAUCAGAUGGUCAAAGUAUGACCCCCACGCAACCCAGUUCAUCGGGUUCUCGCAAUUAUCAGACUUCAUAUCCAGUCUGGACCCUCCACUUGGGAUUGCGAAACCAAACAACGUGGCUCUGGUCAGCUUCAACCUUCCCAUCGCGAAAGGCGACAAGAUUCACUGCUUAGACAUUUUGCACUCACUAGUCAAGCACGUUUUGGGCCACGUUGAGGAGACUGAUGACUUUAGAAAGGAUCCAAAUUGGCCCAUUAUAAAUGAUCUCAAUUUUUUGAUGAAAAAAAUCUAUAUUGUCUACCCUCAGCUUCGUGAGCAAAUGGACAUCAAGUUCAAGAAGCAGUUCCCGACGAGGAAGGAGUUGGAGAUCAUUUCGUCCACGCGUAUGUGGAAGAGGCGCGACAAGGCUGCCAAGAUAAUCCAGCGAGCUUACCGCCACUACAAGAGAGGGGAUGAGGAAGUGGUGAAACGGAAAGUUUCCAGUAAACGCCGCCCAUCCUUUCGUUUAUCAUUUAGGAGACACUCAAAACAAGGGCGUCAACAAGACAGUCAGAGGGAGGGCGUUGACCAGGAGGACGGCGAGACGCAGACCUCUAGUCCCGGCGGCAACCAACACGGCUGGAGAGGCUUUUCCAACUUUUUGCACAUCCGCCGAAACUCCACUUCUUAUGUGGGAUCGCGAAAAUCGUCUCGCGCUUCUGACGCUGGCUCGUCGGUCAGCGAAACGCACGAGAUCAACACAUGGCUGGGUCUUCCCCUUCCUUCUCAGGCAAUCUUCAUGGGCGCUCGGCACCUGAUCGACGCGACCUCUGCGGGCACCCCUGGCAUCCCAACCGUCAUCAUCAUGGGCGACGAGACGCCGUCGGUGCCGACGACGGACACGGGUCUGGAUGAGCCCGACGACGACCCUCUGGGAAACUUCCGCUUCUCAUUGGGCGAGCUGGACCCGGACGAGUUGGCGGCGACGGCUGCGGCCAACGCAGGCUUCCUCCACCCGCUGCACAACUCGGGCGACGGCUGGCGCGCCUUCAGCCAGCGCGUGUGCGACUCGGACGGCGAAGACGAAUUCGCGCCGCACUCGUGGACGCACCCCCUUGCCCAGAGUCCGCCCGACGAGGCCGCCGUCGACGUCGCGGCCGAUGUCCACCGGCCGCAACAAGAGAAGAGCUGAUGAGGCAGUGGACUCUGGGGCCUCUUUGGACUUUUUUAGCGCAGGAUUUUAGACACUUUUUGUGACACCGCCGGACUGUCCUGUGAAACAAACAAGAGGAUUCCUGGAAUUGUAGUUUUUAGGAAAAUAAUAAUUGUACAUUGGUUGGUUUUAAGGAGAGACGACGCAAUAUUAAAGUAAUAACCUAGUUAAUUAAUUAUAAAUAUAGUCUACCGUAUUACGACGACGGCGAGAAAAAAAAUGAUAUGGGGAUUGCAUUUGAAAAUUGUUGUUGAAUUAUUGAUUCAAAAAGGCCUAAUCAAAACAUGAAGUCAAAAGAUGUGCGUGUACAUACAAUUAAAAUUAUACAUAGCAAGCUUCACUUUUAAACGAUUAUAAUAAUAAUAUUUAAAUAUAGGUAGAGAGAGAAAUCGAGGUAUGUGAAAUCUCGUUUGUGAAUUUGGAAAGACUCAUACAAUAAUUAGAUAAGUAAAUGAAUUUUUGAAUGUAACAAAGUUAAUUUUCCAUUACUUAUUUGGACGUCAUGGGUGGCUGGUAUCAGGAGGAUUCUAGAGAAAAACAAUUUAAAGCCAAUCUGAUAACAAACCUCUUCUUUCUUGGUAAGAAAAAAUAAUCUUACCAACCCUAUUUUUUUUUCUUGAAAAUCCCAUAUCCCAUUUUUGCAAUUUUCUCCCCCAAAAUGCUGAAGUUUAUUGAAGCAAUUUCCUGCGAGUCCCAUUUCUCAUCUGCCACCAGUUUGUUUACGAUUUCCAGCGGGAACUGCAGCGUAUUUAAAUGCAGUUGCGCGGGGAGCGACGGCGGAUCAGACAUAAAUUGCACGCCGAAAUCCUCCUUCAACCCGCCACCAGCCGGCGUAAAUCACCUCGGAUAAUAUUUUUGCCACACUAUCUCUCCCUCUAGGGGGGACAGUGACCUCAACUCAAAGCAAAUCUAACAUUCCGCACGGGGAGCGCUAACGAAAACUGAUUUCUAAUCGAUAUCCACACUCAUUUGAAUGUUUGUGAAAAUCGUGUUGUUUUCGCAUGCAAUAUUCACACUUUCCGCCGGGCCUCAUUCAAGCUUCAAAAGUUAAAUUUUCCAUUUUUAGAUCCAAGCACAAGCAGAAAAAUAUUUUUGAACCGCCAUCGGAAAAGUCACAAGUUUCAAAAGGUCAACUUUAUACUUCAACUUUGGUAGCUUUUAACCUUUCAAUUAAGAUCUGGCCGAAAAUUUUCCUUCCCCUAAAAAAGGACUCUUUUUUUUUUUUUUUUUGAAAGGCAAAAUUAUACGGAUUUGAAUUAGAAAAGCUGUAAAUAAUUCAAGCUUAAUUAUGGAAAACUUGCAAAACGAGGAAAAUGCCUGGUUAAAUAUUAGUCUAAAAACUCCAUGCAAUAUAAAAAUACGACUGCACCCCGCGGAGUUGAGGAAAAGCGAGUUUUCCGGGUCCAAAACGCAGAGAUUUUGUAUAAUAAAAAAAAAAUCAAGUCAAUUCGUAGUUGCCUCUCUCUAUCUCAAUAAAAUAGAUUUCAGGUUUUGCAAUAGAUUCGAUUUAUUCUGUCCAUUUUUGAUCACACGUCAUUUUUAUAAAUAGAAACUGUCUUUUCCUCAACUCGCUCUUGACACAAAAAGCACAUACCACUGGACCAGCUGGCCGAAUGUAGUUGUUUUGCUGAUAAGUACGCAAAUAUUUGAAAAAUCAAAAUCGUUGGAGGUAUAAUUAGUGCGGGCGCGCGAGACAAAGCAGCCCUUUUGAUGUAUGAACUCCCGCAAGGCCUCUCAUCCGCUGUGAGUAAAUAAUUACUUUGGCCAGACUUCCCCGCGGUCCCACGUGUUUAUACAUGCUGGCCUACAUAGCAAUUACUGAGCUUGUAGUUGAAAAAUUAGCUGAAAGUUUUAUUAGAGAGAAUCUCUGAAAUAUAUAUAAAAAUUUAUUAGACACGUAAAUGAAAAUAUAUACUUCUUCUUGAAUGUAUAUGUACUGGAAUUUCCCUCUUUCUCCAGACUGUUGACUUUCUUCUUUCACAUUUCCUCUGACGUUAAUUGGAUUCGUUUUCCCGCCUUCACACAGCACAAAACGAACCUACUUUGUAAAGAUAAUCAAAUCUCGCCCGCGAGAGAGUUGCUUGCUGGAUUAUGAUUCUUUAUUUAAAAGCGACUAUAGAGUUUUAUGUAUACGCUCGGUUUCCGUGAUGCCGCUGGGCUGUUUUCCAUUAUGCAAUAAUUUCUAAAGAAGGGAAAUUUUUCUCCUUGGCAAAAAAGGAGGCAUGACAAAGGGAAGAAAAGCGAUUACGAAAAAAAAUGUUGUGCUUGCAAAAAUUGUACAUUUUUGUAUAAAAAUAAAUGAAUCGAAAUAGAGCCUAAAAGUGCAGAUUUUCCAAGUUGAAUAAGUCUAUUUGAAAUAAUAUUUAAUUCGUUCCGAUUGGAAUUUUGUAAGAAUAUAAUAUUUUAAAAUAUGGCUUGCGGUGCGAAUCUAUACGGAAGAGUUAAAAAUAGUCUAAGCAAGACAAAUUGAAUCGAGCGGUCCAAAUUUUUAUACAGAGAUCUAACGCACGGGGUCAUAUGAAGUAAAAGCAAAUGCCACAUAUCAUAUAUGAAAUUGAAGUAAAUUGAGAUGAAGAUAUUAUUAGUUAUAGGAGCAAGUUUGUAUAGUGAGAAAUUUCAAAGUUUGAAAACAAAAUUCUUCCUUGGCAAAACAGAAAAUUUUUGAAAGUUUCAAAGGCUGAGAAAAAAAUGCUUGGUUUUUCGACGCAGUCUGAUUGUGUGAACCACAAUUUAUUCUUCUUGCUUCGCCCUUCUCUCUUUACCAUCGACGGAAAAAUCAAACCCCACACACGGAGAACAAAAUAACUUUUCUUCAAAAUAUAUACUCAACAGAGGAGUACACAACUUUGUCUUUCAACAGCGGCAACGCAAUCUUUUAAUCAAUAAGUCUUUCGAAAAUCAUAAAAAAACAAACUCUUUCAAGUUACAAGUAAAUAUUAUAGUGAAGUUAACUCGCAUAUUACGUAGAAAACUAAAAAACUAUAUAUUAUAAAUAUCAACAAUUGCAAAUCUAUUUCUGAAUACAUUUUGACCUGUAAGCAAUGAGUAUAGCCAAUUAAAAAUCUACCUUAUGAUUGAUUGACACAUGACAAGUGUACAUACCAGGAGUUGGUUGCGUGUUAAUUUACAAAAUCCAUUAGCUGCAUAGCUUUCGAAGAAGUUUAACUCACACAUCCACUCAUGAAUAUAUUAAAACAAUUGUAAAUAAUUGAAUCAAACCGGCAGAUAGACGAUGCAGUAGUUUUCUGAUUUGGGCAGCGGGAGAAUUAUAAUUUGUUCUCAACUCCCGUCGCCCCCCAAAUAUGGGUUAAGUGCGUUCUUCGUUUUUGGAAAUCAAUAUAUUCCAAAAGAACAGAGCAGAGAUUCUAAAAAUAUAUCACGUCAUGAAUAAAAAGAAAAAAAAAUCUGAAAAAAGAGAAACGCCCGCCAUAUAUAAUAUAUAUUCACAUGCUAUCUAAACAUACACAUUAUCUCGUUGAGUUGCGGUAUCGCGCUGCAAGGCAAGGAGAUUCAUUCAGUUCGUCUCGUGAUUUCCAUUGCUAAUUAAGCAAAAAGGCGAAUCGUACAAAAGUGCAGUACUAUAUAUGCUGUUAGUACCAGUGAAUAAUUAAGCAGCCUUGAGCUGCUAAACGGCUUGGCUGUUUGAUUAUUGAAAUUUAUUCAAAUGAGAGCAGCGGCCGCAUACAAACCAUAACACAACUUAUUAUCGACUUUUUAUUUCUCAGAGGGUAGAAAAAGUUUAUCUGCGUGUAUCCAUUACUAUAAUCAGUGUCAUAUACGCAACACAUACACAAGAAUAAAGAAACAACCCCUCAUGUAAGAAAAAAAAUAGCCAUAAGUUUUGGUCAGAAUAAUUAAAAACCUGUAAUUUUAAAUUGACUCGGCAGAAAGUAGCGAGAAAUGUAAAAUAAUAGCUGAAUUUGUUAUCCAGACAAAGAGUUGAGAAAAGGAAAGAGAAUUGAAGCAACCAGCGUAUUGUGGUUGGUCGAAUUCUUUGAUUUUAUAUAGCACAAAAAGAAGUAUGAGGUAUGAGUGAUUGCGAGUUCGGAACGAAUUUUAUCAAAUUAAAAUUAAAAUAAAUGAAAAUACAAAAAAAGGAAUAACAUUAAUAAUAAUUCAAAAUCUACUUGAUUUGAUAAAAUGUGAAGAGAUGAGAAGUGAUUAUAUAAUAAAAAUUAAAAUUAAUUCAAAUCAUUAUCAAUAGGUUUCGAAUUAUUGUAGAUACCACUGUAGUCAUACACCAAUUAUCUUAAUUAUGAUUGAACACAUCAGUGUCCUUGAAUAAUGAACGAGAAGAGGUAAAAAUGUAAUUUAAGCGCACCACCUUUUUAUUGCAAUUAUAACUAAUUGACUAGAAAACUUAAACCAAAAUUUGAUUGGUUUUAUUUUUUGAAAUUGUUUCAAAUGUUUGAUUAUCGCAUCAAAAGGUGUUUUUAACAUCAAACAAUUCAAAGUAUAUUAUGUAAUUUUUAUGCAGAUAAUUAAUUUAAAUUUCUGCUCCCAGCGUGUAAAUAAACGAAGCCAAACACCUAACAGACCCUUACUCGAUUUCAAGGUAUAUUUCGCGAGUAUGCUUGUGGGAAAAUUUAUAUAUAAAUAAUUCUACUCACGCACAAACGUUGGCACCUAUAUUCAGGAAAAAUAAAAAUUUGUACGACUAUAGAGUGAGACAAUAUAAUACAUUGGCGCAUCCCUAUAUAAUUAUAUAGUCUACCCCUCGUUUUUUAUUAUUAUGCAGACACCCUAGCUACCCAAUUACACUGCAUAAACCCGCCCCCAACCCACCCUAACCGCACGGUCAAACAAACCGACCGACCGACCGAAAUCUGAUUUAACUCGGAAUGGUCUGCGUCCCAUUCAUUUCUCCUGCACGUCUCACUCUCUCACUCUCAAUCACACGUGUCAGUCGGACCGAAUUGCAGGCCAUCAAUUUGCAUGUGUUAUUGCACCGUGGUGUCAAAUUCCAGGACGAUCUAGACCGAACGAACAACCCCCACAUGGAAACGUACAUGCAUUACAAAUUGUAACUAUCCUGUAUGAAAUAACGAUAUCUCUCGGUUUUACUAUAUUAUUAUACCAAAAUACCAACCAAUUGAGGAUGAAUAUGAUUCGUUUGUUAUUGCAGAUUCUUCUUUGAAAUAUAUAUUUAUAUUAAAAUGUGAUAUGUAUGCUGAGAAUCAAUGAAGAUGACUA